UUCCAAUUUAUCUGUUGAGACCCCGAUAUCAAUGCCAGUACUGCUGUACACGGACCUGCAUGUCCGUGCGCAACGUGUGGACGGGGCUGAGCACACCGUGGAGAGAAACAACGACUUCGAAAGGGGGAGACGCUGCAGUCAUGCCUGAUGCAGGGAAGUUAAUCCUCUAUCCGAGGGAGCUGUUCCAGGCGAUUCCCAACGGCGGGAAGGGGGACUGCGGCCCGGCUGCUCUGUGGCACUUGAUUUACGGCGGGCGUCCUACCAGCCGAGACCUAAAGGAGAUGCGGAAUCAGGCGGUGGACCAGGUUUACAGCCACCCUGCUCGGUACAUGGAUUUUUUCGACGGCGAGACGGAGGGGAGGCGAAAAGGGAUGCUAUACAAAUGGACAAGACUGAUGAGACAAAAGGGCGAGUGGGCGGAUCAGCUGUUCAUCAACGCCGUCGCCAGAGCACACGAGGUCAACAUUCGGAUCCUGGUACCGGAGAAGAACAAUACUCUACGUGACGAGCAAGGAAACUACGCCGGCCAGGGCACCGCUCGAAGGACGUACUACAUGCUGCACACCGGCGGCAACCACUUCGAGGCCCUCAAGGCGCUUGGCGAGGUCAAGCCCAUCGACGGCUGGAAGGUUCAAGAGGUGAUGCUCGAGGAGGAUAGGUCAUCUUCGACGUCGUCUGUUAGGGCGGGAGACCAAUAACACAGUCCGAAGGGGCCGAGCACUGCUGCUGCAGGAACGAACGAUAAGAUACUGUACACACGAAUUCGCACAAAUAUGGGACGGGGGAAAGCCUACAGGGCAGGCAGGGCUUUAAUGGUGGCAUUUUCGACAAGAAGACAUGGUGGAGCUCUCUCGCUUGCUGGAAGUAUCGAGAUGGUGGGGUAUGGCGGGCGGGUGGCGCGGCUAGAGACGGAGAAAUACGACGGCACUCAUGGUGGAGAUGUAGAGAAGAUGGUAAACUCGAUGACCGUUUUUUCGGACAGCCGGCGGCGUUAGCUUUCGGAUCCAUGUCGGGCGUCUCCUCGUGCGACGAGAGGGGGGCCGGGAGCUUGUUCCACUGACCAUGUUGGCAAAAGUACGGUGAGGUGGGUGAGGAGAGAAGGGUGUUGGAGUUCUGGUGAUGUACAGAGUACUUGAUGUGAGUACGACUGGCGCACAUGCAAGCCGUGCUUGCGCUAGAUAGCACUAGUCGAAAUCGGCGAUGGCAUAGAUGUGUAGUCGGGAUGUAAGCUUUUUUGUGCGUUCUGUGUAUGGGGUGGAAUAGAAAAUGAUAGAGGGGUGGUCAUGAGCAAUACACAGCUGGUGUACUCCCCGGUGCAACAGCGUUCGCAGUGCGAGAAUUAUUUGCAUAAGAAACGGAAUACCAGGCACUUUCAGGCUACACCUGCCGAGCGUCCAUGUAUAUUUCCCACAGUAAGAGGGCAGCACGGAGAGAAGAACGGAUAGUUGAGGCUCAAUUCGCAGCACCCGAUAUUUCGAUCAAGGUUGUGAAUGCGUGUCUCUCGUGGGUGAAAAGAGCUCGAGACGGGCAAGCUUGGUGUCGUGCACGAUGCGUUUUGGGUGAAAUGGUUAUUUCUCUUACUUCGGAAAUCAAGCGACUGCUGAUGCUAGUAUGCAACGGAAGUUCUUUGUGCCAUAUCUCAGGACAAGGCGGUGAAAGACAAGUUGAUCUACAGCUGCUAUCGUAUGAUAGCCACCAUUCGCCUACGGAGAGCUCGGCUGUAGCUAUGUGUGAAUAUUUCCAGGGUGUAUCAAUGCAUUUUGUUUUGGUGGUGCUGAGCUUGUCUUAGUGUUGAAAGCACGCUCAUGCCGAAGGGUGGCACUGGCUUUGGCUCGCUGCAUAUGUGUGUCCUGUGUUCAUUCAAGUGUCGGUGCUUGAAAAUUAUUAAAUUAUGCCAUGUAUGUUUCGUCAUGCACAGCCGACAAGGCCAUGUCCUAGGGUUCACACGGGGUUGAAUUUUCAGGGCACUUACAAUGGAACAAUCUGAACAUGAGCAGUCAUGCGAUUGCUUUUCGACCAAUGUAUGAACAGGAUGAAUAUUUCGGGAAAUGGACACCAGUGUAUCAACCCCCGUUGUCGCUUCGUC